GCCACGAUGCGCCUGCGCAAUGGGGGAGGCUCUUGUGUGGUUCCCGCCAAUUCUUGCAGAAUCCUGCCGGGGCUGAGUGCCGCGCUCCAUGGAGGCUUUUGACCCAGCCGAGCUUCCCGAGCUGCUUAAGCUUUACUACCGGAGGCUCUUUCCCUACGCCCAGUACUACCGCUGGCUCAACUAUGGCGGAGUGAUAAAGAAUUACUUUCAACACCGUGAAUUUUCAUUCACGUUGAAAGAUGAUAUUUACAUCCGCUACCAAUCCUUCAACAACCAGAGUGAUUUGGAAAAGGAGAUGCAGAAAAUGAAUCCAUACAAGAUUGAUAUAGGAGCGGUAUAUUCCCACAGGCCCAAUCAACAUAAUACAGUGAAGCUGGGAGCUUUCCAGGCUCAGGAAAAAGAACUGGUGUUUGACAUUGACAUGACAGACUAUGAUGAUGUGAGGAGAUGUUGUAGUUCUGCAGACAUUUGUUCUAAGUGCUGGACCCUCAUGACAAUGGCCAUACGCAUCAUCGACCGAGCAUUGAAGGAGGACUUUGGAUUUAAGCAUCGCCUCUGGGUGUAUUCUGGAAGAAGAGGUGUUCAUUGUUGGGUCUGUGAUGAUUCAGUUAGAAAACUGUCCUCCGCAGUAAGGUCUGGGAUAGUUGAGUAUUUGAGUCUUGUAAAGGGUGGUCAAGAUGUUAAAAAGAAAGUUCACCUAAGUGAAAGAAUUCACCCUUUUGUCAGAAAAUCUGUGAAUAUAAUAAGUAAAUACUUUGAAGAAUAUGCCUUGGUUGAUCAAGAUAUUCUUGGAAGUAAAGAAAGCUGCGAUAAGAUUUUAGCUCUUAUUCCUGAAACGAUGCAUGAUGACCUUCAACCAAUCUUCCAAAAGCAUCACAGUUCACUUCAGCGUUGGGAGCAUUUGAAGAAAGUGGCCAUAUAUCCGAAUGACAGACAUGGAUACUUGCUUGAGUGGGAGAUCAUGCUCCAGUACUGUUUUCCACGGCUGGAUAUCAAUGUUAGCAAAGGAAUCAAUCAUUUGCUGAAGAGCCCUUUUAGUGUUCAUCCUAAAACAGGUCGAAUUUCAGUGCCUAUUGAUUUACAGAAAGUGGACCAGUUUGAUCCGUUUACUGUUCCAACCAUAAGCUCCAUCUGCCAUGAAUUAGAUGCCAUUUCCACUAAUGAAGAAGAAAAAGAGGAGAACAAAACUGAAUCCGAUAAACAUAGAACCAGAGAUUAUAAGAAGACCAGUCUAGGUCCUUACGUAAAAGUUUUUGAAAAGUUUCUUGAAAACCUGGAUAAAUCCAGAAAAGGAGAACUUCUCAAGAAGAGUGAUUUACAAAAAGACUUCUGAAGAUAACAACUCCCAUCCAACUAAUGUGGAUAACUUCUAUCUUCAACCAAGAAUCAAAUACUUCAAGAGUCAUUAAAUAAAUAUGGCAGAACCUUGUAUGCACUUUAAUGCUCAAAGCAAAAUUUCCUUUUCUUGAGGAAUAAUUAUGUUGAAAAGAUUCCUAAGACCACCAAAGCAGUGUCCAGGCUGCUGGAAGGAACAAUAAUGGGCAGAAUAAGUCGACUGCAGAUAAAUUUGUAAAAAUUUAAUAUUAUAUACAGACUAGAGGCCCAGUGCACAAAAUUCAUGCACGCACGGGUAGGGUCCCUAGUGGCUGCCGCUGGCCAGGGCCUCCCUUCCCUCGGUUGGCUGGCUGGCCCCGCCUCCUGGUUGAACUCCUGGUCAAACCCCCAGUUGAGGGGACAAUUUGCAUAUUAGGCUUUUAUCAUAUAGGACGCUCUAUCCACUGAGCCAAACCGGUUUCGGCUCAGUCACUUCUUUGCUUACUAAUAUUUUUAUAGAUCCGGCCAUACCCCACUGCCCAUCUUUUAAAAAUCAUUUUGAACUGAGCAUCUAAACCUACCAAAACUUUAAUUCAAAAGACAUGAGAUACUAGAUUAUAAUAUGGCCUAGCAGAGUAUUGUUUACAACUGUUGUAAUUGUAGCUCCUUCUUAGAUUACAGAACAAUUGGAACAAUUAAAUUACUAGUCUACAUCAUAAAGAAGCAGCUUAGAAAAAAAUACCCAACUUCACCAACAUAAAACCUGUUAUACGCCCUAACCUGUUUGGCUCAGUGGAUAGAGCAUCGGCCUGCGAACUGAAAGGUCCCAGGUUCGAUUCCGGUCAAGGGCAUGUACCUCGAUUGCGGGCACAUCCACAGUAGGAGGUGUGCAGGAGGCAGCUGAUCGAUGUUUCUCUCGUCGAUGUUUCUAGCUCUCUAUCCCUCUCCCUUCCUCUCUGUAAAAAAUCAAGAAAAAAAUAAAAAAAAAAAAAAAACCUGUUAUACUUGUCAA